CCUUAUGGGUCUAUUAAUAGGUAUGACGUACAAUGUUGCACCACAAACGGUAAAUAGCAAAUAAAUGUUUUACUAUAAAUACGAUAAAAGCAUAUAGAGCCGAUAACAGAGCAGGGCCAGGGGGAAUACAUAUCCUACAGGUGCGAGUAAAAAAAAGGAUCAUGGCAGGCAAACAAGAAGAGGAAGUUGCAUCAUUGAAAGUAGAAUUUGCUGGAAGAUGUAGAAUUGUUGAAUUAGGAGAAAAUGGUAGUGGAUUUAUCAGAUCUAUUACUUUACAGCCUAAAAAUAUGGAUUUAACUAUAAAAUUCCAGUUAAAGGAUACAUAUCCAACCACCAUCCCUAAGAUUUCAAUAAGAUCUUCAAGUCUUGAGGAAAAUGACAUAAAUGAUCUUGUAGAAGCAUUGGGCAACAAAGCUAAUUCAUGUAUUAAAGAACCAAUGAUUACAGAACUUAUGACAGUGGCCGAAACAUGGCUGAAUGAACAGGGUGUUGGAAAAGGUACCAAACCUAAAACAAAUAAUCGUAAACAUCAAAAGAAACACCGAAAAAAGAAAAUCGAAGAAAAUGUUGAUGACAUUGAUACCAAACAAGCAUCAAUGAAAACAUCUGCAGAUGUAAUCAAAAGAAUUCAAUGGGAUCCAGAUUUGGUACAAGAGGAGUUCCUCGUUGGUUAUAUGGAUAGAUUUAUCGGAAUUCAAGAAAAAUACUUCACUGCUUUUAGUUGGGAAGAUAUUGCAUCAGUAGAUUACAAUGUCCUUGCAAUUCCUAAACAUAGAAUUGAGUACUUUAAAUAUAAGGAUCUUAAAGUCUGGGAUAAACCUUCAAAGUUAGAUAAUGUUUUUGGCUCUCUUGGCAGUGGUAAAACCAUCAAAAAUAUAAUAGAUAAUUAUGAGGACGAAUAUCAAACCUGGUUAAAAAAUCAUCCGAAAGAUGAGUCAAAAGAAAAAUCAAAUGAGGAUAAAAAGAAAACCUGUAACGUAGAUGAAAACAGCACUGAUGAGGAUGGGGAUGAUAGCGAUGAUGACGGAAUAGUAGUUAGUUUAGAUUCUGCAUCUAUAAACACCUCGAGUAGAUGUCUUUAUUUAGAUCAUUUAAAACGACCAACUCAUUUCGUAGCGCUGAGAAUCGUUGACGAUGAAGCCGUUCGAAAAAUUACAGAAGUACAGACUUUCAUCACAGACCAGAAACCGCACCUUAAGGCUGGUUGUAUGCCAGCUGCAUGUUUUCAUGUUACACUAUGCACGUUAGGUUUAGAUCAAGCUGAACAGAUCCUAAAAGCAUGUGAUGUUUUAAGAAAUAACCAAUCAGAAUUAUGUAAAUUAAAACCGUCCGAAUCCCUGAAGAUAACAGGUGUGGACAAUUUUUAUAACCGUACAGUUUUCGCUAAAAUCAAAUAUCCACGAAUGUUUUUAGACUUUGUUGAUCAUUUGAAACAGUGUUUUAGAAAUGCUGGCAUUGAGAUUAGGGAUAAUUACGGAUUUGUUCCACAUGCUACUAUCUUAAAAAUAUCAAAACAGGAAGCAAGACAGUUGGGAUCAAAGUUUCUUGUGAGUAAUUUGUAUCAUAAUUAUAAAGACGACAUUCUUGGUUCUCAAUAUAUGAACAGUAUAUGUCUGUGUGCCAUGGGUGAUCAGAGACAGGAAGAUGGUUUCUGGGUUUCUCAACAUGAUCUCAAAUUGGAUUCUUAAAACACAAUUUAUUAUUUGAGACGGAAAUGAAUUUUAACAGAACAAAUUUAUUUAUAUCAUUGCAUAUUAAAAGGAAUGAAUUUUGA